AUGCGAAGUAAGUAUAUGCCUUCAUCAGCUUCUAUGACAACAACAGAGGAAACAUAUAAGAAUAAUGGUAAUAAUAGUUAUGCUAAAUUAGUCGCUAGUCUAAAAGGUCAAGAUAUUUUAAAUAAAUGGUCAGAAAUAACACCUUUAAAACUAAUAUCAGGUAUUCCAAGAUCAGCAGGUUCAAUUGAUUCAACAUCUGGCUCAUCAUCAUCAUCAGAAUUAUUUAAUGGUCAUGAUGAAGAACAAAUUAGAUUAAUGGAAGAAUUAUGUAUUGUUUUAGAUUAUAAUGAUAAUCCAUUGGGAGCUGGUACUAAGAAAUUAUGUCAUAUAAUGGACAAUAUUAAUCUUGGAUUAUUACAUCGUGCAUUUUCAGUAUUUUUAUUUAAUUCAGAUGGUAAAUUAUUGUUACAACAAAGAGCAGAUGAAAAAAUAACAUUUCCUUCGAUGUGGACAAAUACUUGUUGUUCUCAUCCUUUAUGUAUUCCAAGUGAAUUAGGUAUUAGUGAUAAAUGUCAAUCAUCAAAUGAUGUUUUUAGUUUAUCAAAUGCAGUAAAAGGUGCAAAAAUCGCGGCUCAAAGAAAAUUAGAUCAUGAAUUAGGUAUACCAAUCAAUGAAACUCCAAUUAAAAAUUUUACUUAUUUAACAAGAAUUCAUUAUAAAUCUCCAAGUGGUUCUCCAAAUUCAAAAUGGGGUGAACAUGAAAUUGAUUAUAUUUUGAUUUUAAAAGCUAAUAAUGAAAUUCAUAUUAAUGCAAAUUAUAAUGAAGUUAAAGAUUAUAAAUAUGUUACAGCAAAUGAAUUAAGAGAAAUGUUUAAUGAUAAAUCUUUAGUAUUUACACCAUGGUUUAAAUUAAUUUGUCAAACAUUUUUAUUUAAAUGGUGGGAUGAUUUAGACAAUUUAGAUCAAUUUAAAGAUGAAGAAAUUCAUCGUUUACUUUAA